AUGGAUAAUCAUGCAAAUCAUAUCGACAAAAUUGAUAAUGACUAUCAAAUAUUUAGUGCCGAUGAAGAUGAUAAUAAACCAAUCAAACAAAUUGUACAAUUAGAUUCAUCUGAUAUUUUAACUUUACCCGAACAGCCCCAACUAAAAAUCAAUGCAAAUAUGCCUAUUAAAACCCCCAGAAAUGCUAAUAAUUCUGUCUCCACUCUUGUAGAUAUUAUAAAGGCAAAAAUGCCCACAUUAAAUUCUGAAAUAGCUGAUCAACGAAUAAACUCACUUGAAAAUCAAUCUAUAACACAAGAAAAACAAUCAGAAACACAUAAAAUGUAUAUUAAAAUAAUUACAGAGAAAGUAAAAAUGCUUCAAAAUCGUUUGUCAAUAUUGGAAAAGAACGAUGAAACACUUGAUAAUGAAAUUCAAACAAUUAAAACACAAAAUGAAACAAAUAAAAAAAGUUUCGAAAUACUUGAAAAGCAACAAGAAACAAUUAAAGAGAAAGUAAAAGCUCUUCAAAAGCACGAUGAAACACAUGAUAAUGAAAUUAAAAGCUCUUCAAAAUCAAACUUUAAUAUUAGAAAAGCACGAUGA